UAAGUAUGCAAAUGAGUGAUUGGGUGUGUGAGGAUUCGGGUGAUCGAGCCAUUUGCGUGUUCUUGUCGAUGGGUUCACGAACCCGAAACAGAGGUGACGUCGGCAACCACGACAGCACGACCUGCCCCUUGGCUCUGAUCUCUUCACCUAUUCACUUCAUCCUCUAUGAAUAUCCACUUCAUCGCUGUUUGUCGCCCAGCAGAGAGGAAGCCCUUGUUCAUGGGCGAAUAUCCGUUCGUGGGCAAGAAGAUAUUCAUAUCGUUUAUACAGUGUGCAUUCCCUGGAUAUUUAACAACAGAAAAUUGUAUUUGUGUAAUGAAUAAG